AAGAAGAACGGCAAGAAAAAAACAAUAUCGUACAGUCUCUUGGAACUCUGUAGCAAAACUCUGCAUCGAAAAGAGAAAGUUGUUGCAAAUCGUCGUCAGCAUCGUCGUCUUAUUUUCCUUCCUCCCGACCGACGCAAAUCACGGCUGUCGACUGCGAAAGUGAAUGCUGGCGAGGUUGCAUUAUUUUUAUUGUGCAAUUGGUUUUAGAUUUUCGUAAGAGGUUUUUCUUUCUCUAUGUCGAAGAAGGAAGAAAACUGCGGGGCGUAGAGAAAACACUCAAUUGCUGGUUGUGCCAAAGUUCAAGACUGUUUGGUCUGUCAAAAGGAGGAGAGGAGCAAAUUUUGAUAAGGAAGAAUGGUAGAUAGCAGCUUCUGCGAGAACUUUUACUUUGUGAUAUGAAUCUCUGGCUGGGGCGAUGCUAGUUUGGCUCUGUGACAAACGCAGCGUACAAUUGUGCUGGUGAGCAUCUCGCAUCUCUUAGGAUUUUUAAUUGCGGUGCAGGAAGAAAAAAGGCCCGUCGGAUUCGAGAAGAUCGAGCUGGGUGAAUUAAGCCUUACCCGCGUACUACCGAUUUUGUUAGCACUGUUCGCCAGUUUGGAGGAAGCCAGCAGGAUUUGGGCGAAGAUCAGGAAGAAGAUGGAUGGCAGCAGUGUCGGGAGUGGUGGAGGCGACGACAUGAGUGGGUCUGCCGGAACGUCAGCAAACGAUAGUCGAAGUAUUCGCGACAGUGAUGACGGGGGCGAUGACAACGCUCCUGACUCCAACGGGCAACCGUAUCACGAGGUGCAACGCAAUGCUUUGGCUAGUGGCGUUGGGAGCAGCCAGAAGAAAUCGUGGUCGGAGCUCAAAACGAUUGUUAAUGAUAUGAGGCGCCAGAUGGCAUCCUUGGUCAGCUUACUGCCUAUGAACGUUAACUUUCGAACUCUGUCGGAUGGCCGCACACGGGUUUACUUUCUCAGUCUGCCCGCGUCCAAUGGAUGGGAUACGGUUCUUUUCUAUGCUGACGUGCCUGCUAGUGAAACAGACAAUCGUGCCCCUAUGCGACUCGAAUGGCAUCCGAUGCUUGAGCCGAUCAUUUCCCACUUGUCUGUGAACAAUUCGCGCGAGGUUCAGCUGCUCCUGGAACGGAAACGUCUCUCGAUAUGGGGCAUUACGUCGUAUGAAAUUCAUAAAGCUAGUGGCAAAAUUGUGUUCCCUGCAUGUAAUACCUUGUACCAGUGUUUGGACACUGGGUACGGAGAGGGAACGCUGUUUCCGUCGGAAUUGCGAAUCUUCCAGCGGUCCGCCGCCAUCGACCCGCAGAUCUGCCCCCAGAAUUCCGACCUUGUUGCGUAUGUUUGUGAUGGCGAUAUUUGGGUUAUUCAUACCCUCAGCGGUCACAGCGAGCGUCUCACGUAUGCUCACGAUGGACGAAGAUCAUUCUCGGAGGAUCCGUUUUCAGCUGGUAUCCCAUCUUAUGUGAUGCAGGAGGAGUUUAGCCGUUAUCAGGGCUUCUGGUGGCAACCGAGCAGCACCGAUGAGAUCUAUCGGAUAGUGUACGAGGAGGUGGAUGAGAGCGACGUAAGUCUAUACACGUUCCCGUCGUCUCAGUCCGUUGGCGGUGAUUACGAGGAAUAUCGAUUUCCGCGAGCAGGCUCAGCUAACGCUAAAUCCAAGCUGAAACUGGUUCAAUUUCGGCUGUCGGAGUCGCUAAAAAUCAAGGAGGUGUGUACCAAGGAGCUGCAAAGUUCUCUGAACUCUGUUUUUCCCUGGCUUGAAUACGUUGUGAGAGUUGGUUGGACUCCGGAUUCGAAAUACGUUUGGGUUCAACUGGUUAAUCGUGUACAGCAAAGAUUGGAUUUGGUUUUGAUUCCGUUGGACAAUUUUUGCGAGGGAUACAGCUGCUCAUCGCUGUCACCCCUGGGGGCAAUUAACAGUACAGCAGCGAUGAGCGCGAAAGAAUCCGCGAUAUUCGUUUCCCCCAAUGACUACUGGAUGACCCAAGUGGAACGACACAAGCAACCCAUGCAAGUGAUCUACUCGGAAACAUCCAACACUUGGGUGAAUGUGCAUGAUGUGCUACAAUUCCUCGAAAUCAAUGAUAAAACCGUGCAGUUUAUCUGGGCCUCGGAAGAGACUGGUUUUCGGCAUUUGUACUUGGUAACAUCUAGUCUUGCCACAGGUGGCAACUGCAGCAGUAACAGUAGUUAUAGAAACGGUAGCAGUAAUAUUAGUCAUGAACAUCACAAAGACAGUUCUUCGGACAUGGAAACGGUCAAUAGCAAUCAUCAUAAUCACAUUUACAAAAGCGAAGAGAGCACCUCCAAAUCAGACACGACGAAUGUGGAUAGCUGUGGGACACUGGUACCGCGUAUAUUGCAGAAGACAGUACUUACGUUUGGAGAAUGGGAAGUGCUGGGACGCAACGUUUGGGUGGACAAAAAGCAAAAACUUGUAUAUUAUAUGGGCCUUCGGCAAACCCCGCUGGAGAAUCACCUGUAUGUUACGAGCCUCGAUGGACCCCGGAAUGGACGGAUACUAACCGUUCCCGGGUAUUCGUUUACGAUCGAGUUCAAUGAUGAAUGUACCAUGUUCCUGCAGACGUAUAGCAACACCCAAACGUUACCCUCGUGGGAGUUGGUACACAUCAAACAAAACGGCGCCAGCGGUGACGUCGCCGGACUAGAACUGAUCUCGAUGGGGUACCUGUUCGAGGGUGGCCCAUCGGAAAAUACUCAUUACAACCCGACCAUCUACAGUCCUCGUUUGGCGACGGGAGAGAUUAUCUACACGAUGGUGUUCAAACCCCACGACUUUAGGUUGGGUGUUAAGUAUCCGACGGUGUUGAACGUUUACGGCGGACCGGAGGUGCAAACCGUUAGCAAUACAUUUAAGGGCAUGAGACAACUACGGAUGCACAUGCUGGCAGCUCAGGGCUACUGCGUGGUUUGCGUUGAUUCGCGUGGAUCGCGCCACAGGGGAGUGCAGUUUGAGAGCUACAUCCGAUGUCGGAUGGGAACUGUCGAGCUGGCCGAUCAGGUGGAAGUGCUUAAGAUCCUUGCAGAUGAGUUGGGUUACAUCGAUAUGGAUCGAGUGGCGAUUCAUGGGUGGUCUUACGGAGGUUAUCUUAGCUUAAUGGGUUUGGUGCAGUAUCCGGAGAUAUUCAAACUGUCCAUUGCGGGGGCGCCUGUUACGAGUUGGGAGUAUUACGAUACAGGCUAUACUGAGCGGUAUAUGGAUCUUCCCGAAAACAACCGAUCCGGUUAUACGGCAGGGUCGGUGUUAAACUACAUCAAUAAGUUUCCGGAUGAGGACAACCGUCUGCUAAUCAUCCACGGAUUGAUCGACGAGAACGUGCAUUUCUUCCACACAUCACAGCUCGUGAAUGGUCUGAUCAAGGCGAACAAACCGUACCAGCUGCAGGUCUAUCCGAACGAACGCCACUCACUGCGUAAUCUGGAUGCCAGUAAGCACUACGAAACCAAGCUACUCUCCUUUCUCCAGAAUCAUCUGUGAGUGAACCCCAUUAACGAUUCACUUACAGCUUAGCCGCCGCAUCCUCUUAAUUUUUCCAAUCGCCUUGCGGGAAAGUACGUGUUGUGUAGGGAAAAGUUUUUUGCUUGUGUAAAUUGUUGAUAUAAUAAGCUGGCCACUAGUAAUUAAUCUGUCUGUUCUGUUAUGUUCCUGUCGGCCAAUCAAAGAUGGACAAGAAAAAAACGGUUGCAAUCGUGUACCACAAACCGCAGUCAAUAAUGUUAGCAAAUCGUUCACUGUAUUAUACCGAUCGUUCUUCGCCAAUCGUAGGAGAUAGAUUAUAGGUUGAUAUCUCGAGAGAAUAUCAGAAAGCGUCCGGUACUCUUUCUCUUGUGUAUGCGUAAGCACCUAGCUGCCCCAAGCUUUACUCGAAACGAAUCAAUUGGACAACAAGUCGUAUCCUUUUUACGUCGAUUUUGAUUUUAGUCAGAAAUGUUAUCAGCGAGUGGACUGUCCAGCAGCAGUAUGCAUAGGGAGGAAAUAUAUCGAAUGCUAUGUAUAUUUUGAAAUUGUAAAUUAGUUUAUCUUAUUAUUAGCGCACGGAUUGUUCAUUUAUUUUUAUUGACGAUUUUAUAUUUUUAUUUGGCUUAGGAAGUCCGAAAAGGAGAAGCAGACGAAAGAUGGAUAUUCGCUAUAUUUAGUAGUGCUUAUUUUUGUGUUUAAGCUAAGUAAAAAGUGAAUGAAAUAUUGUGCGUAUAAAGAAAAUUUAUCAUGUUUGCUUAACUGCCGGUGCGAGUAGACGGAACUCUUAAACAUAAAAGCAGUGAAAAUGAAGAGCGAAAAAUAUAUUUAUUGAGCACAAAAUGAUCUGCGCUGAA